UGAAAAAACCAAAGCAAAGAUAAUGCAGUCUUCCCAAAGCAGCGCCAGCAGCUCUUCCAUUAUUACAUAUAGUCCUAGUAAAUUUAUAGCGAGAGGCAGUCCAACUACUAUCUACACACAGAAAAUGCAAACACACGCAAACACAGGCAUAAGCAGAGCCACAGUAGCAGCAGCAGCAACAACAACAAAAUCAACAGCAGCUGGGGCUGCAGCUAAUGUAAACACAUCGUAUUAUGUAGUUAAGGCAGGUCAACUGGGCAGUGCUUCCAUAUUAAGCUCGCCGCCCAAAGCAACAACAACAGUAGCUUCUACAUCUACGUCAUCUGCGACUGCAACGCCCACAGCAACUGAGAAUUCGAGCACGAUAUCGGCGCCAAGUGAAUCAUCGAUGGAGCACAGCUAUAUCCGUGAUAAUACUCAACGUCAGGACAAUUCGUUGAACUCCAAUGGCUUGGCACCUGCACGCACCAUUCUAGUGCGUCAUGCACCGCAGUGUCCCACCUGCCACACAUAUCCAGCACAUGAGGAGGCAAGUGAAACGCAACAGGCGGUGCCUGUGCCAGCCUAUGAUGAAAUCACAGCCAAAGAGCUAAUGAAUGAAUGCGCACGCAUUGCUAAAUAUGUGCGCAAUAAUAAUUCCGAUGAACAGGACUGGGUAAUGCGCAUUAGUCGUGUGGGUUGGACGCCCAAUCAGCAGUCGCUGUUUGAUAAAGUGGCCGUAAUACUCGAUCAGGAUCAGCUGGCACGCUUGGCAAAUGAUAAGCGACAGCAUGAGGCGAUACAUCGUCGAGUUUCUGUGGACAAAUCGAGCUCACGCAUGCGUCGCGCUUUGGCUAGCGUUGCAUGGGAGCCGCGUGUUACGCAAUGGCUGCAUGCUUUACUUAUGGAGCAGCUGCCUCCGUCCUACAUGGCUUCCUAUUUGGAUAUAAUGCAAACGUUAAAGACGAAGCUGCCUACGCUGACGGAUAAAAUGCUAUUCAGUCGCCCCUUGAACAACAGCCAGGAGCUGCUAGCACCUGUUAUGAAGAAACGCUGGCAGCCAGAAGUAUUGUCCAAGUCGCGGCAUUUGGAGCACAAUGCCAUAAUGGUAGCAGUGCCCACUAUGCCCACCAGUGGCCCAGUGCCUGAACGCAUGCAGAAUUGGUAUCAGGCCUUGGCGAGCAUAACACAAGUGGUGCAAAUAACGCUGCCCAACACAAAUGAUCGCAUUGCAAAACAAAAUCUGGAUCAGGUGGCUGAGACUAUAGUGUCAUUGACGCGCGUGCGCAUACACGAGCUGCGCACGGAGAAUCCUAAUCGUGGCAUUAUACUGGUUGGCUUCAAUGCAGGCGCUGCGCUGGCGCUACAGGUGGCCAUGUCGGAGAGCGUGGCAUGUGUAAUUUGCAUGGGCUUUGCCUACAAUACGCUGCGUGGUCCGCGCGGUGCGCCCGAUGAUCGUCUGCUGGAUCUGAAGACGCCCAUAUUGUUUGUAGUUGGACAGAACUCUGCGCGCACAAGCCAGGAGGAAAUGGAAGGACUACGCGAGCGCAUGCAAUCUGAAUCGACGCUAGUGGUUGUGGGCAGCGCCGAUGAUUCAUUGCGUGUGCCCAAAAGCAAACGACGCAUUGAGGGCGUUACGCAGUCCAUGGUGGAUUCAAUGGUGGUGGAUGAAGUCUAUGAGUUUAUAAACAAAACGCUGACAAAUCCACCGGGACCACGCAUGCCUACCUCGCUGCUGGGCAGCAGUUCGUAUCAGCGUCAGUCCAAGCAGCAGCAGGCUUUAGCUGAGGGUACGGGCGUACCGCAGAAGGCGCUGCCAGGUCAAGCACGCAAGCGCAAGGCAGCUGAUGGAAUGGAUGAGAUUGGACAAGCUGCUAAAACUAAAUUUGUGCCGCACAAGCCGCGUGCGCCCAAGUUGCCCAAGCCAAAGCAACCGCGGCUCAUUGAUCCAUUUGCAGUGAAGCGCAAGGUCGGGCGCCCACGCACGCGUCCCUUGCCCAGCGUGCAGCCCAAAAUCAACAACAACACUGCGGACAAGCAAACGCUGAGCAAUGAGGAAAUGAAUUUAUCCAUAGAGAACAUGCUGGAGGAAACUUUGGAAUACGAUGAAACUCAAGUGACAGCGCUAGCAACAACGCCAGUUGCUGCCAAAUUGAACACACCAACGCUCAAGCCCAACACAUUGUCGCUGGCCAGUGGCACCAAAAUUAAAAUGCUGCCCUCUAAUCAUUUUGUGCAGCUCAAAACGUUGCCCAACUCAGGCAAGCUAAUUAACUAUGCAAUAAACAAGAACAAUAGUCCUGGCAUUGGCAAUAUAGUCAAAACGCUGCCCAGCGGUAGUGGACAGCAGAUAUUUACAUUGAAAACGCCAACAGGACAAACCACACAGUUUGUAACUGCCGUAUCCGGUGGUGCAACAGCUGCGUCAUCCAAUCAACAAAAGUAUACAGUUAUAAAGAAUACCAAUGGCAUGACUAUGCUGCAGGUGACCAAGAACGUUGGCGUGCCAAGUGGCGUUAAUAGCAAUAUGGACUUGUCCAAUAUAAUCGAUAUGCCCAUAGUAUUUGCGGAUAAUGAGGGCAACAUAGCUGAUCAGCAACAGCAGCAGGAGCAGCAGCAGCAGCAGCAGUUGAAGAGCGCCAACGCACCCUUAAUCAUUAGCCAGAAGAUUAUUAAGGAAGCCACCCAGCCAGUCAAGACAGCAGGUUUGGUACCCACCAAAUCCAGCAACAUUGUCAUCAACAAAGGCAUACAGCAGCUGUUUACUACGACGCCCACUGGCGGCAAUAAGCUUGUCUAUGUCAAUCGCAGUAAUAUUAAGCCCAUUACCACAGCUGCAACUGCAACAGCAACAAGUGCACGUUUACCCACAGGCGCCACCGCAUUGCCCAUACGCAUACUCAGCAGUCCGAAGGGCGGCGCAGUUACGCCCAGCAGCAGUCAACCAGUGAUGAUAGAUGCAAAGUCACUCAAUUUACAAACUAUAAAGACCACAGCAGGCGGCACAGUUGCCAUGCGUGCGGCUACUGGCAGCAGCGGCGGCGUCAAGACAUUUCCACAAUUUCAAGUCAUCAAUCAGGCCGAUGGCAAGCAAGCUGUGCGCAGCAUAUACUUCAAAUCCGCGGCUGGACUUAAGCCUGUGCAAAUGCUGGCCAAUCGGCCAAUUGGUGCUGUGCCCAUAACAACGCCAGGUGGCGCUGCAGUGCGUCGUGUGGUUAACAUAGGCCCAGUAACCAAGUCGCCAGUAGCCAUAGGAGCGGCAGCUACAUCCACAGCAAGCAGCAUGGGCAUUUCAUUACAGUCCUCGCCAAAGAUUACAGUCAGUGCAAGCAGCACAGUGGGCGCACCGAAGACGAGUAAGAAUUAAUUAAUUAAUAAGUUAGCAUUAGCUAAAGAUACUCAAAACUCUUUA